UCCCUGGUGCCAAAGGGAAGAAGUGUUCCAUCCACAUGAAGCCAAGGACAGCCUUCUGGCCACAUUGAGGUGCCCUAUGCUUUCUCAGCAGCUGGGUACUCUUUGGACAGUUCCCCAUGUGACCUGGUCUGACUAUAUCAAGGAGCCAGGCCCCUCCAUGAAGGCCUGCAGCCUGCCCAUGUGGUCUCCAUGCUGGGACACCAAGGAUGUGAACAGCUCAGUGUCAUCGGGUCGAAUCUCUGGUUCCUCAGGGGGGCAUGAAUCAUGCGCACUUUUCCAUGGGCCCUGGAAAGAAAGGCCACCCCUGGUGUUGGGGCCCCAGCGUCAGCCCAGGAAGAGUAACCCUCGUCUGGAGCAGUUGAGGGACAAGAUCCGAGCCCAGGCACAGAGGCAGGCUAGCUGUGCCUCCCUGGGCACCUCAGUCCCAUCUAGUGCCUCGUGCAUCUGCAAGACCUCCUCGACAGUGCCACGGCGGAAGAACCCCAAGGGGACAAAUGCUCUUCCAGUGCCUACUUGCCCAGGGUCAGGCAUUCUUCGUGCCACUGAACACAGAAGCAAAGACAGGGUACCUCUCAGCCUGAGACAGGAGCUCUCAAGGACUCCCCAGCACCAUACUUCAGUACUGGGGACACUGGCUGCCUGCUCGGCCACAUGCAAGGAGGCUUGGGGGCCUUGGGUCCGAGGAUUCCUUGCUGUGAAGCGGGAGUCUGCAACUCCCCAAGUGAGGGAGCUGUUCUAUUCUGAGUUGACUGGUGUGUACGCCUGGAGGAAAGGACAAGCCCUGGUGAGGCGGUUGCUUGGGCCCCCUCCUGCCCUCUCCCGGUUCCAGAGCAAGGCCCCUGCUGCGGAAUUAGGCUCCGGCAAGAAAGCAGGAGCUGUUGGGGACUCACCUGCCCACACCUGGUUGCCUAAGCCUACCCGUGCCCACCGUGACCAGCAGGUUUCUGAGCACACACCCAGCCUGGCUAUCCAUGAUCAGUCAGCAACUAUCCAAGGUGCCAUGGAGAUCCUCCAAGACCUGCGCCGGCAAAUCCAGGCUGGUCUGGAGCUUGCCAGGCGCCCCAAGACCGCAAGGAAGCUCUUGUCAUCAAAGACACAGAACCCAGCAGGGAAGAGGCAGCAGGGGCCCCAAAGCACCUGGGACAUGCGGGGCUCCUUCUCAAAGAGUGCUUGGGCUGCGCCUGAAGGAACAUGCCCUUCCUUGGAUAGGGCUAGAAACUUACACAGCCAGCAACACUGGAUAGAAGCAGUGGCUGAGCAGGAGUCUUGUCCACAGAGGGCCUGGACAGCACAGGGGCAAGACACCUCCUUCCAGGGGCCUGGAAGCACCCCAGAAAAGCCAAGCUCCUUCUCACAGCGGCCCUGGAGUGCCCUGGCUUGGCAGACCUGUCCACAGAGGGCCUGGGAAGCUCAGGGACAGGAUACCUCCUUCCAGAGGUCUGGGCGCCCUACUAAAAAGCCAAACCCUUUCUCACAGCGACCCUGGAGUGCUCUGGCUGGCCAGGCUUGUUCACAGAGGACUCACACAGCUUGCAAAGACUGGGAGGUGCCUGGGUCCAGUCCAUGGAGCUCUGUGGCUAGGCCACACCCUGCUCUCCAGCAGCCCUGGAAUAGUUCUUCUGUGCAGAGAUCCAGUCUCCACAGCAAGGGCGAAUGUGUUGUCCCUCCUCUCUCAGAAGUCAAGCUAGCUUGGCCGGAGACUGACCAGGGCUUCCCUCAGAGCAAACCAGCAAAGGAGCAGAACACACAGGAGAGCCCACCCUGCCCGAGGCCACUGCAGUGUCUGGGCCAACCACAUAGCUCUGAGUCCUUGCGUGACUUCAUGCGUCAGAAGGCCCGGGCCCGUCGGCAGCAGGCCAUGGAGCAGAAGGCCUUGGCUGCACACACGCUGGAGCUGAGGAACCAGAGGCUACAGGAGGUAUAUCGGAAGCAGAGAGAGGCCAUCCUUGGCAAGGCCGUCCCUGUGGUCUCCCAGAGGAGCCCCGGCAUCGUUACCUUUGUUCCCAGCUCCGUACAAUCUGGGGGUCUGGAAGCCCCUGGGAGUCUGGGGUCACCACUGAGGAAGUGGAGCAAGGUGACAUCUGGCAUGCUGCUUGGGGACCAAGAGGCUCCAGACAGCUUCUGUCUGUGUUUGAACAAACCAUGGAACCGUGCUGACACCCAGGACAUUGGAUACCCCCCAGAAGGCGUGAGUGGUGUCCCUCUUCUACCCUCAACUGCUUCCUCCCCUGACCCCAUGAAGCUCCAGGACCCACCCGGGGGGUUCUGCAUCUACCUGGAUCCCCAGGACACUGAGCAUCUGGGCCCAUCGGGCCUCCUGCACUUCCAGUACAAGCAGGCCCGGCUGCAGGCACUGGAGACCAUGGCCGAUGUCCUCAAGCAGCGUAUCGACAUCCUAACCACCAAGCUGCACAAGUCGACGACGUUCCCGGACACAGCUGGUGACCUGGCUCCGGACAUGCUGCCCGUGGGCCUCAGCGCAGCACCUGCCGUCCCUAGUCUCAAAAGCUUAGUGUCUGAUGGGAGCAGAGGAACUCCCCAGGACUGGGUGGACAUGCAGGCCAAGCCCCUUCUCCCCAGCACCUACUUCCAGGAUGGUGAGAUGCUGCCAUGGAGUCCCAGCUGGGAGCCGCAGAGCUUGAACCUGGGGGCCCAUGUUGAGAACCAGCUCCAAGGUCCUGUAUCCAGCACCCCUGCCUCAGUGUCUCAGGUCAUCCCUCACACUCAGCCUUGCUCGGCUGGCUCAUCAAGUCAUGGGGCCCUUUCCAAAGGUGUUAUAGAGGAGAAACACCGGGAGCUAGAGAAGAAGCUGCAGAGAGAGAUGGCUACCCUCCAGACCCUCAGCGCCUGCAUGAGGAGCUCACUUGGGCUGCCAGCUGCACCAGACCCCACCUGUGGCUCCCUUUGGCAGGAGGAGAUACCAGAAGCCAAAAAGGCAGGCUUGGUAACGCCCUGGACCACCCAGAGCUGCGGUCAGCAGGAGCCCAAGGGGCCACAUUCUGGAGGCCUGCAUGGAGGGCACCUGACCAAUUUCCAGCUGAAAUCUUUGAGCUUUCUCGAGUCACUGAAGCUGGACCAGCAGAAGCAGGACCAGGCACUGGCCCUUCUGCGGCAGCGGGCAGAGCAGGAGGUAUGGGAGACGCAGAUGGCACUGGAUGAACUUCUCUUCAAACACCAGCUGAAGCAGCGGAUGGAGAAACCCUCAGCCCAGCAAAAGCCAGAAAAGGCUACAAAGCUGGAACAGCAGCAGAUGUGUGGUGGCCUAGAGCCAAGCACACUCUCUCUCAACACAGUGACAACCAGAGCCAGAUCACCACCCUCCCCACAUAGAGACAACACCGAGUCUUCCAAGCAUGCUAAGGAAACAAGGGCAAUUUCUGCAGGACUCAACCACGGCCUGCUUUCUCUCUCGGAGUCGGGACCGGUGCAGCAGGACCCAGCUCCCUCCCAGGGGGCUCUAGCCAAGUUCUGCCUUUCAGAUAGACCCACCUACAAGUGGAGCACAGGGAGACCAGAGCCAGGAACAGAAAAGUCCAGAACCUUCCACCGCUUCACUAUUGCAAUGCUGGAGCAGAGUCUGAGAGAUGAAGAGCUGCGUGCGCAGCACCAGGCUGCAGUGCUGCGACUGCGUGAGUUGGUGCUGCAGGAAAAAGCCCGAACGGAGCUGACCUGCCUGGAGCAUCAGAUAGGGUGUCUGGGGAUUGUAGGGCGUGAAGCAUCACAGACCACUCUGAGGGAAAAGCAACAACAAGCUCUCAGCAGGCUUGAGAAGGAACGGAGGGAAAUCCAGUACCUGAAGAAGGUGUACUUGUCCCUGCACCGUGGCAGGAAACAGCUCCUGCAGCAUCAGCAGUCUAUCCUCGAUGUGCAGAGGUCGGUGGCUCACUUGCGGCAGGAGCUCCAGGCUCGAACCAAGCUGCUGCAGAGUUCCAGCCCCAGCAUCAAUGUCGCCUGGGAGAGGGUCUGCGACACAAGUCAGAAAACAGAGGGACAUAGACCUGGAAGCCCCCAAAGCCACCACCCCCAGGAAAUCUCUGAGAGCUCAGAAGUUGAAAACCUUUCCCCUGAGCAGAAGGAAGGGACACCUCCCCAGACAACUUCAGCUGCAGAUGAGCACCUGCAACCUCGGAGGCUGAAGUGGGCAGAUAUCACUCCUGGGACUGGAAGCCCACCUGUGGAGAGUGGACAUGACAACCGAGGACCUGGAAAACAGCCCUAUGUCUCUCCCCCUGGUCUGCUGCACUUGAGCUCUCUGGACCCUGAACAUCAGAAACACCCAGCCUUUCCUAUCAUCAAGAAAGAUGGCAGCCCAGCCUCUCAGCUGGAACCACAGGAGGCCAAGGAACUGUCUCCUCCAGGCGACCUACAGACCAAGCCCAGUGCAGCCUGGGCAGUGGAGAGACAGCCUACAGACGGCCAUACUUGGAGCUUGCAUGGACAGUGGGGGCAGCCCCUAAGUGGAGACGGUCCUUGUCCUGAGGAAGCCAGAGCGGCUGAAAACAGAACAAAUCAAGGGCUAGGUGUUUCCAGAAGCCCCAAGGGUGAACACCAGGGAGAGGCACACUGGCAGUCAGAGCAGCAAAGGUGUGGAGCCUGGAUAGGGAGAGAAGCCUGUCAACAGGAGAACCAGGACAUCCCCUCCACCCUCCUGGAAGCUGACCAGAAGAAGGCUGCUUCCCCAGCUCCUGUGGCCAGUGAGGAAGAGGCACAGCCUGCCUGGCACCUAGACAGCCCUCCAUCCCAGCCUGCUGCCAUCUUGGACGCGUGUUCUAAGUCUGCUUCUAGUAGCUUCUCAGGGUCUUCAGAAGCCCCUGCCUUAUCCCUCACCCCUUCAGUGGGCUCAGCAAGCAGCCUUUCCUGUUCGUCUCUCCAGGAGUUUCAGAAGGCCACAGCCACCCUAGUCCAACUUUCUAACAGUCCCACAUCCCCGUCUAACUUGGAUGCUGAAGAUACUCUGCCUGCAGAUCCCAGUUGGUCUAGGGAGCUUUCUGCCCCUGCUUCCUGGGAGAAACCUGGCCUGCCUUCAUUCUGGGACCUCCACCAGAGACUUUCCCAGCUGGAGGGCCUUUCUGGGGAUGUAGGUCAAGUGACCCUGCAGAGACUGGAAGGCAGUGAGGCCAGACUCCUGAGUGGCUUCUCUGAGGAGGCAGCUGUGGCAGGAAGCUCAGAGCCAGGGUACGAGUUCACUCAGGCAGGCUGGCCAUUGUCGUUCCCACAUGCUCCUUCUCCAAGAUUGGGGUCUGAGUUGUCAGAAUCCUCCAGCCAAAUCUGGGAUGAGAACGGUGAGGAGAACCUUGAGGAACCCAGCCCUUGUGCUGAGCUACCGUCAGGAUGCUCCUUGCCUGCAAAUGAUUCCCUGGACCUGGAAGGCAGUGGAAGGCCCUGUACCACUCUUCCCUCCCCGGGGCCUGGGGAGGAACAAGAAGCUUCCAGAACCAGUAGGAGCCUGACUGGUGCAUUGAAUACAGGGGAAACCAGGCAGCUGUCCCCAGUGGCCACUUCCACAGUGUUCCCACCCCAGAUCCCUUCUAUCAGUGACUCAGCUCUGCCAUUGUCCUUUCCUUUGGACACCUCCACCUCUGGAAGGGCAGGUCUCAGUAAAGCAGACAUGCCUACUGAGGCCUCAGCUGGCUACCAGGGGGAACCCCAGGAUGCUGAUACUAGUCCAUCCGUACAGAGGAAGUCCCUACAGGCCUUGCCUGAUCCUAAGGCUCCCGUGACCCUGAAGGCUCCUUCUGAGGACAGAGCUCCCCUUGUCACAGAGGUAGCCAGUCCAUCAUAUGUAGAUGGAUUCCUGACUGAAAUACUGUCUCCUGUGGAUGAGGAACUAUCUUAUGGCAGUGGGGACCUUCCAUCCUCCAUCCACAGGGACACUUGCCUCCCUCCACCACCUCCUUCUCCCCACGCAAAGAGUGACAUCAAUGAGCCCAACCCCAGCUCAGAAGACUUCCCUUCCCCGCCUGAGGAGGCCAUGUUUCCAGGUGACUCACUGGACACCCUAGGGGAGGAUACAUCCAUUACUGUUGAAGACAUGUCGUCCUUAUCUGAAGAGGCUCUGGAGGAAGCCCUUUCCCUGGGGCCUCAGAAGUCAGGGCACUGCCUAGGAGCAUCUGGGCAAGAUGGAAGCCUGGAUGACUCAAGUUCAACAUCUCCCCUGAGUAACUGGGUGGUCAGUGCCACUGAGACAUCCCCAAGACUGCCAGCUCAGCCCCUGAGUCCAUCCCCAGUGGCUUGUGUGACCAGAGAGAAUCUUGAGGAGGCCUCAGGCAGGCAAGGUGGACCUUGGGAAGCAGCACAGUGUUUCAAGAGUGCAGAGCACCAGCUAGGAACAGAACACCUCUUAGACAGAAGAGCAGCCACAUCCUCACCCUCCUGGUCUGCACCCUCUGAAAGCCCACCCCUGGGCCCAAGGCCCUUGGUGGCCAGUGGCCAGGCUGAAUCCCUCAAGCACCCUAGUGAGAAAGAGAAGGAAGGCCAGAGCUGCUGGACAGAGGGCCAGCCCAAGCUCCAGAAUUUGUUAGACAGACAGGAGCUCCGUAGGAGAGACUUGGCUUUUGAUCCUGUCUCUAGUACCUGUGUGGAUCUUCCAGGGACAGGAGAUGCUGGGCCAGUAGACGUGGUGUCCACCCAGCUAAGCAGGAAGAUCUUGUGUGACUCUCUGGCUGCACUGUCGGGGUUGGCCCCUGGGGAUAACCCCUAGGGGUGUGCUCUGAAAUGAUAGGAACGCAUAGACAUCUGACAUGUGACUCUGUGUGUGUGUG